AUGGGUGACCAAAUCAAAGAUAUGCAGGAUUUUCAGUCCAACGCUCUCAUGUCUGCAGCCAAGGUCGGAGCCCUCAGCGGAACCGCUGGCCUGAUCUAUGGAGCAGCCGCUGGAGUUGUCAGAUCCCCUAAUCCCAUGAUUCAUUCAUUGUCAUGUGGCAUCCACUGGUUUGCGUGCGGCUCAGCCUUUUGGUGGCUACGGAGCAACAUCAUUAAACAUCACUACCAAGAUAAAGCGUCGCUUCAGGAGCGCACGUACACGAGUGCUUUAUGCGGUGGCAUUGCCGGCGGAAGUGUAACGAAGUUGAUGGGAGGCCGGCUGGUUCCGGGGGCUAUCAUUUUCUCAUUACUCGGGUACUGCGGCCAGAGCGUCUUCAACCGAGUAGACGCGUGGCAAAUGGAAAAUGCACACAAGACAUCGAAACCUUUGAUGCAGCGAAUGGCGGAAUCUAAAUGGAUUCCACUCCGCACACUCUCUGACCAAGAAUACAGGGGGAUGUUGAGGGAAAAGCUCCUUAGCGUCGAGGCUGAGAUUGCUCUUCUUGACGAUAAAAUCCAGGAACUGGAGCAGUCUCGACCGGUCUCUGCUCCAAGCCCCAAGCAACCCUGA